AUGGGGUCCCAGUCUUGUGAAGUCACUUGGAGUCAAGUGGAGUCACCUGAUGUGGUGUACUCAGAAGAGUUCAUUAUUCGUAGUCGGGCGGAUGCAUUUGCUUUUGCUACAAAACACGAAAAAUUAAUAGUAUUGCCGCUAUUAAAAGCGCUGGAUUUUCCCAUUAAUGGUUUCAACAAUUCACGAAUUACUGCAUUGAUUGUUGCCAUUCGACGCAGUGAUAAAAUAUUCGUAGAAAAACUUAUUGAAUUGGGUGCUGAUAUUAAUCAUGCUGUUCGAUCGUUUACAAUUAUCCCAUUACUUGAAGCUUAUGUUAUGUGUAGAAAACGAAAGGACUUUGUUGGAGAAUUAUUUGAGAUGAGUAAAGAUAUAUUUCAUUUAUUGUUGAAACAUGGUGCAAAUCCAAACAUAUAUAAUCCUCAACAUUUAUGGUUGGUUCAUUUGAUUCUUAUUGACGGUGAAAUGGACCUGUUAUAUUCUUUGAUCGAAUAUGGUGUAGAUUUAUCCGUAGUAACACCGUUACAUCGUAAGAAUCUUCUUCAUUUGACUUGUGAACUAACAACAAAAAAACCUGCAUAUUCAACUGAUAUUGCGCUUCAAAUGUGUCGUUUAUUAAUUCAUAAACGUGUGGAUAUGAAUCAUCGCGACUUCUGUCAUGAAACUCCACUCCUUUGUACGCUGCACGGUGGAGGAAAUUUAUCGUUAGCGCAUGAACUACUUGUUGAAGGAACAUCAUUAGAUUUGAGGAAUAAUUUUGGUAAUACAUUUUUAACUCGUGCCAUUCAUUAUGCUUUAUACGAUCAUGCUAAAAUGGCUAUUUAUGCUGGAGCACUUCUUCGUGCCAAUCAAUGUUGUUUUCGAACGCCCACGGUCAAAACAUAUGACAAUACAUUGUUAAUGAAUGCUAUUUAUGAUUAUGAACGAUUUGUGAAAUUUUAUGAAACUUAUUUGAAUACACCGCGAAAACUGAAAGAUAUUGCUCGAUUAACGAUAAGAAAACAACUACCGUGUCCAAUUAGUGUAGCUGUAACAGAUUUAAACGAACGUCUGCCACAAAGUUUAAUCAAAUAUUUAUUAUUAGAUGAAAUGAAACAUAUUUUACAACUUGAUAUAAAAAUAUAA